AUGAAAGCACCACUUCUGCUUCAUUUACUUUUCCAAGGUGUUCUGCUCUAUGAUGCUUUGGGAUGGGAAGUGAGAAUGCCAAAAGAUAUUCACGGCCUCCAAGGUUCCUGUCUGGUUAUACCAUGUUCUUUCAGCUACACAUCAUACCCACCCAAAAACCCACAUAGAGUUGUGUGGUACCAGUGGGUCUCUAAUGGUUAUCCUUUAGUUUACGAUCCUUUGCAUGCAAACAAUGUCAUUAAGAAGUUUAGAUGGAAAACUGAUUUAUAUGACCCAUCAAGUGGGAAAUGCAGCUUGUUGAUUAAAAACGUGGAACUGUCCCACCAUGGAGAGAAAAUAUAUGCAUGGAUUGACCCUGAAAAUGUUGGAUGGCGCACCUACAAAUUUUAUGAUGUCACUUCUAUAAUCUUAGUCGAAGCACAUCCACAGCAGCCCAGCAUCAAAAUUUAUGGAGGUGAAAGGACAGGUGACAAAGUCACAGUAGUAUGUUCAACUUUUCACACGUGUCCAUACAGCAAACCAAACAUCACUCUGAAUGGUAUAGAAGGAUCUGAUGAAAUAGACAGUGAGUCUAUUAAAGAUGGCCUGUGGAAAAUCACUCUGACAUGCACAGGUGUCGCAAAGGCAGAAAAUUCAACUAUUGAGUGUUCAGUAACACAUCAUGGUGGUAUAACAGUGACAGCUACAAAAGACAAAAGUGCAGCAUGUGAGUAA